UGUAAUUUCCUGCGCGCUUGACUCAGUGGGCUGAAAGGAGCUUUUAAGGGUUCGCGGAUUAGGAGACGAGAAUAAGUCGCGCGCGCUCACAUCGGGCUUGGCUGCAGGUUGCACAGAGUUGACUCGACCCGUCAACGCAAACGCCUGGGCUGACACCCAUUCAGCCUACUCGUCGUGAUUGCGACGGUGAAUUGUAACUUGAUUUUCCGCUGCCGAAAAGUGACAAUAGGCGGGUGUACACCGGACAAACGUCGCAGUCUUGCGGUGUAUCGUCAGAUCCCUCGGUCCGCAGCUCGGCCAUGCGGCAGCUCCGCCAUGCGACGGUGGCUUGGCUUUGCCUGGCCGCUCUGUGCGCGCUCGCGCCCGCGAUGUCUGCCCAGGCGAUCUCGGGCAACUCCUCGAGCUACCCCGCCUACCCGUCCAUCACCAGCAGCCCGCUCACGGUGGACGCCAGCUAUCAACCCGGCAGCAUCGAGCCGCUCUUCAACAUGACCAACUACUUUCUGAACGUCGUGCAACCUCGCGCUUGGCCCUCAGACCUUAUUGGAACUGACUUCUCGAAGAUUUCGCAAAAUUUGCAGGCUUUAGUGAAAGAGUACAAUGGGUCUGUGGAAUCCUCCUUCCUUAUUUCUAUGUCUGAGCACCCCGACCACACGAUCUGGACCUUGAAGGUCGCGUUGUACGAGGUGGGCUUCAUCGUUUGCGCGCUCAUCGGCAUCAUCUUCAUCGUGUUCAUGCCGAUCGUCGGCUUCUUCUUCUGCGUCUGCCGCUGCUGCCUCAACUGCGGCGGGGAGAUGCACCAGCGGGAGAAGGACAUCACGCCCUGCCGCCGGCACACGUUCGGCACCUUCCUGGCCAUCGUCACCAUCAUCAUGCUCGCCGGGAUCGCGUGCGCCUUCGCAACAAACGAGCAGACAACGACGUCCAUGAAGAAGUUGCCGAAGCUCAUGACGGACAACCUGAGGGACCUGGCCACCUUCAUCAGCGACAUCCCGAAGCAAGGAAACCAGAUCUUGAACCAGUACGGCACCUUUUCGAGUCGAGUUAUGGGCCAGCUAUCCUCCAUCGAUUCUUCGGUCGGUGGAUCCUUGCAGACAAACAUCGGCGAUCAGGCAAGACCUCUGCAGUCAAGGGCUUUGGCUCUGUACGCAAAGAUGCAGAACAUUUCGGCCACGUUACAAAACGUCGACAGCUCUCAGCGGAAUCUGCUGGGCGGCGUCGCCAAGCUCUCCGCGGACCUUGAAGCACAGCGGCAGAAUCUGACCGGGAUCCUCGGUGCGUGUGGGCCCAACUGCUCCGUGGCCUCUGCAAAGUUGACCAACCUCUCCAUCGCCGGAAACUUCAGCAACAUGGCGAAUCUGUCUGAACAAAUUGCAUCGGUGGACUCUGCUCUCAAGACCAACAUCACCGCGUUGGUGCUGGAGGGCAACAAAACCAUCGCCGACAUCCCGUCGCGGGUGAAGAACGAGACGGUGACUUCAGUGGCAGACGCUCAGAAACAGUUGGAUAACAUCAACGUCACCGUAUCCAACAUCCGGAGAGAUAUCUUCGACAAGUUUUUACAGUCCGACUUCAGUGUUCAAAUCAAUACCAUAAACACCAGCAUCACUCCUGUGCUCAACCAGUUUCCAGAUUACGAGCACUACCGAUGGAUCGCCGGCGUGGUACUCUGCUGCAUGAUACUCGCCAUCUGCCUCAUGAACAUCCUGGGCCUGCUGUUCGGCACGUGUGGCUACGACAGAAAUCGGAGUCCCACCGACCGCGGCUGUGCCUCAAACUGCGGGGGAUCCUUCCUGAUGGCCUCCGUUGGCCUCAGCUUCAUCUUCUCGUGGAUCCUCAUGAUCUUGGUGACGAUUCUCUUCUUUUCCUUCGGGAACGUCCACAAGCUGCUGUGCGAGCCCCUUGCCAGCAAGGAUUUCCUGAAGUUUGCGGACUCGAUGGCAUUUCCAGGAAUCCCUACGGGAAACGGCUCUGUCAUUCUACGGCUGCUCAACAUGAGCGGCAACGUGAGCACGCUGGACAUCUACAAUGGCUGCACUAAGAACGGUGGCACUUACAGCGUGCUUCAUUUGGAGACGCAGUACAACCUCGACAACUACCUGAACAUCACGAAGUAUGAGGCGGAUCUUAAUAAAGCACUGGAAAAGAUGAACGUGUCAUUCAGUGACAUCAAGCUUCUGAGUGCCACAGGGCAGCAGAGCUUAACAAACUUCUCUGACAAUGGCUUGAACAACAUCAACUUUUCCACAUUUUUCACAGAGAUCGACAAGGGCGUGGUGAAACUGAACUUGUCUCAAUUCGCGAUGGAGUUGAGAAACAUCUCCAACAACUCUAACAUUACCGACUCGGCAAAUAAUCUGGAACGGAUGGACAGAGAACAAGUGGUGCCCUUGCAAGGAAAACUGGACGAAUUGAAAAGAAGCGUCGAAUAUUUAAAGGACGAGGCUAAUAAAACAAAGGUUGAAGUUGGCAACAUAAUUGAUGACUUUCGAAAAUUUGAAAAGAGUCUCAAUGAAAACGGGUCCCUGCUUAUUAAUGCGACGGUUGAAAACCUCCUUGGCACUGUCAGAAGUCUACUAAGAGAUUACAUUAGCUGGUCGAGGGAUAUGGUCAUGAACAAGCUGGCGCCGUGCAAGCCUCUGGCGAACUUGAUCGACUCCAUCGAGUUAAUUGGAUGCAAGUACCUAGUGAACUCGAUGAAUUCGUUCUGGUUUGGCCUGGGCUGGGCCACCAUUUUCCUCAUCCCCAGCGUGAUAUUUGCUGUGAAACUCGCCAAGUUCUAUCGCCGUAUGGACACAGAAGACGACUAUUCAGAACCCGUUAAUUCUUCAGCUCACAAAUUACCACGUGCAAAAAAUGGCUACAAUGGGAAAAAAAUGGCUUAAUACUCUUCCCACCGCAAGCUGAUAACUCGCAUGGAUGAAUCGAAGAUCUAAUGGGGGAGACAAGAUUCAGCACACGUUUUGAAUACAUUCAAAUUUUACUUGACCAAUUACGAAAGAUCGUAUGAUGAUACAAAUCAUUAAAUAAUGUUGAAUGUAAUAAAAUUGUAUGCCAUCACAUGUGGAUUUCCAUGAAUGUAGCUUGUACAGUCUUUUCAGCUUGUACAAUGUCCAUAAAGUGAUGACACACUUUGUUGUUCACGAGUAGAAUACCAUUAUUACUUUGAAUGCCAACGAAUAGUAUAAUAAAAUAAUAAUUACAGUACAACGUCGCAUAUCUGACUUGCUGGAGACUGAGCUGUAGGCAAGUGAAUGUGAAAAGCUCAUAUUUGUGAACUUAUGAAAAUAACCCUUACACCAUAAUUCCUGCAUUGGGUGUUAAUUGGUCAAGGCCGAUAUGUGACGUUUUACUCUAUAGCAAUUGAGUAAACUAUUCAGACAGCCCUGCGUAUGACAAAUCUUAGUGCUUUAUUAUUCCUGCUUCAGGUUAAUGUUUUCCUGUCGUUGCGUCCGUCCUGUUGGAUUUUUUUCUGCGGUCGUGAUACGUUCGUGAUACGUUCGUGAUACGUUCGUUCUUUGUGCUUGGGUUUAGCCUUCAUAAUAGAGAGAAAAUAAAUACCCACCCCCCCUUUUUUUUACAAUGUUUGGAAAAGGCAUUAACGGCCAGCUUUGUAACACGUAGGCUUUCGCGACCAAUAUUAUCCACAAUACAGGUUUCUGGGGGUGAGAUCGCGUAAAUAUAAAUGUGUCGUUAAACCCGCCACCACCCGGCGAAGCCAUUUGGUAAGGUUUGUCACGUAAACAGAACAUGCAAAUUUGUUACUUGCCAUUGUCAGCAACAACAUGUGAUAUCUCUCAUCGUAGUAAUAACAUCGUGGCAUGUAGGGAAAGCAGCACAGCGUGGCCUGCCAGCUUUUAAAGUCACAGGAACUGUGUUUGCGCUGCAUCACGAAAUGCGCGCGCGCGUUAUAGAUGAUGUGGGCUUAUGUUGUGGACAACAGCGGGCAGUGCAGCAGAAUACAUUGUACUGUACUGUGCUCUUUCUGUUCCCACAUCUACAGUAUACCCGCCCCCCCCCCAUCUUAACAAACCUGCAAUGACCAGAGAGGUGAAGUAUGGUCGAUAACCCAUCAACAAAUCGCAUGGUGUUAGGGAAAGCCCUCGCCGAAGCAGCGGAUCGACACACGAACUGUUCACGUGUACACAUACAGACUGUUCACGUGCACACAUACCGACUGUUCACGUGUACACAUACUGACUGUUCACGUGUACACAUACUGACUGUUCACGUGUACACAUACAGACUGUUCACGUUUACACAUACUGUUCGCGUGUACACAUACUGACUGUUCACGUGUACACAUACUGUUCGCGUGUACACAUACUGACUGUUCACGUGCACACAUACCGACUGUUCACGUGUACACAUACUGACUGUUCACGUGUACACAUACUGACUGUUCACGUGUACACAUACAGACUGUUCACGUGUACACAUACUGUUCGCGUGUACACAUACUGACUGUUCACGUGUACACAUACUGACUGUUCACGUGUACACAUACAGACUGUUCACGUGUACACAUACUGUUCGCGUGUACACAUACUGACUGUUCACGUGUACACAUACUGACUGUUCGCGUGUACACAUACUGACUGUUCACGCGUACACAUACAGACUGUUCACGUGUACACACACAUACUGUUCGCGUGCACACAUACUGACUGUUCGCGUGUACACAUACUGACUGUUCACGUGUACACAUACUGACUGUUCGCGUGUACACAUACUGACUGUUCACGCGUACACAUACAGACUGUUCACGUGUACACACACAUACUGUUCGCGUGCACACAUACUGACUGUUCACGUGUACACAUACUGACUGUUCGCGUGUACACAUACUGACUGUUCACGCGUACACAUACAGACUGUUCACGUGUACACACACAUACUGUUCGCGUGCACACAUACUGACUGUUCACGUGUACACAUACUGACUGUUCACGUGUACACAUACUGACUGUUCACGUGCACACAUACAGACUGUUCGCGUAUACACAUACUGACUGUUCACGUGCACACAUACUGACUGUUCGCGUGUACACAUACUGACUGUUCGCGUGUACACAUACUGACUGUUCACGUGUACACAUACAGACUGUUCGCGUGUACACAUACUGUUCACGUGUACACAUACUGACUGUUCACGUGCACACAUACUGACUGUUCACGUGUACACAUGCUGACUGUUCGCGUGCACACAUACAGACUGUUCACGUGUACACAUACUGACUGUUCACGUGUACACAUACUGACUGUUCGCGUGUACACAUACUGUUCACGUGUACACAUACUGACUGUUCACGUGUACACAUACUGACUGUUCACGUGUACACAUACAGACUGUUCACGUGUACACAUACAGACUGUUCGCGUGUACA